CUGCAGGAAGUGAGGGAGGGUAGAAGGAGUGAAGCCCGUGGUGGCAACACUGAGCGGCCACAACAGAUCGAAAAGAGCCUGUGGAUGUCUCCUUUAUGACACACAAUUCAAGCACAAUGUCAAACUUCGACGACAACCCAUUCGCAGACCCUUUCUCGGAACCCUCCAUCCAGCAAGCCACCCGCAACACAACAAGUGGCUUGGAAGAGUACGACCCAUUCAGUGGCAAGCCAGCCACCCAAACUGUUCCAACCACACAGAUUGGCAAUGCAGGAAACCCUCCCACCUAUGUGCAGCCUACAGUGGGAGUGACAAACCAGCCUGCAGUAGUCAAUCCCACACCCACACCUGCAAACCCACCUGCCUACACACCCUCAGCCCAGCAGCAGGUCACCACGGCAGAGUUUCAGGAAUUGAAGAGACGACAGGAAGAACUUGAGAAGAAAGCUGAAGAAUUGGCCCGAAAAGAAGAAGAGUUGAAGAAUGCUGGAGCUGGGGCAGCUCGUCAAGAUAACUGGCCGCCAUUACCAUCUAUCUGCCCUGUGGGACCUUGCUUUUACCAAGACAUCAAUGUUGACAUUCCUCUGGAGUUCCAGAAAAUAGUCCGCAUGCUCUACUAUCUAUGGAUGUUUCAUGUGCUGAUGCUGAUGUUGAACAUACUUGGGGGACUGGGCAUGUUCAUUGCCCUUGGAGAUGGUGCAACAUUUGGCUUAGCCAUAGUUUACUUUGCCCUCUUCACACCCUUCUCAUAUAUCUGCUGGUUCAGGCCCAUCUACAAAGCAUUCAGGAGUGACAGUUCCUUCAACUUCAUGGUGUUCUUCUUUGUCUUCUCCUUCCAACUGAUUGUGAGCAUAAUUAAUGCCAUUGGAAUUCCUUCUAUGGGAAGCUGCGGCUUCAUCCUGGGACUAUCCACUUUGGCCACCGACAAUGCCCCAGCCAAUUAUAUAGUUGGGAUCAUUGUGUUCAUGAUCGCUCUGGGUUUUGCAACAGUGGCUGCUAUUGAUGCCAUCCUCCUCAUUAAGGUCCACCGCAUCUACCGCAGUACAGGAGCCAGUUUUGCUAAGGCCCAGGCUGAAUUCUCCCAAGGUGUGAUGAGAAAUGAGCACGUGCAGACUGCCACGGCUAACGCAGCGUCAGCAGUCAUACGUAAUCAGAUGAACCAGGCCACCUCAGGGGGGGCUAACUCUGCCAGUCCUCGCUUCUAAAGUGCAGGUGUGUCCUGCUAGGCAUCUCCCAGGAGGAAAGAAGAGCACAAGAGAGCUGAGGAGUAACUGUUGUUUUGUGCUGGGGCUUGAACCUUUCUUUGAGAGACAUGCUCUACUUGUCGCUCUUUCUGGUUUCUUUUUCUUUGCAUUUGGGCAUUGAGUUCAUUACUGAGUUUUAUUAAUAAUCACUUGCAGGAUUUUUUUUUCUUUCUUUCCCUCUCCAUUGGUACUUUCCAUGUACAAGAAAGCCAGAGUAGUGAAGGAACAAUUUUAUCUGCCUUGUUGCAGACAAUGGCUGUUUUCAUGUACAUUCAGUAUAUACUACUAAAAUUGUGAAUGAGAGAACUGUAUGUGAAAUCUGCAGUAUCUUGUAUCUUCCGAUGUCACCAUGACUAAUUUCAAGGAUGAUGAAACUGCAAGGCAGUGUUCACUUUAUACCCAACCUUUAAUGCUUGUUUUUUGCUUGCUUGCAUAUGGUCUUCAUUAUUUUCAGUUUAGUGAUAGUGGAUGAAAAUCAUGUGAGAGCUUUAGUAAUUUAUUUUUAUACUUUGCAAAAUGUUUACCAUUGAUUCUUAUAAUCCUUGUGUCAAAUUUAAGUGGUGUAUGAUAGUUUUGAAUUAUUUAGCCUUAUCAUGGGGUAAUUAUUGUAUAUUGUAAGUGAUAUAUAUACUGCAGUUCAACAAUGAUAAUAAAAAAAAACAUGUAAUGAUAAUAGAUAGAUUCAUAAUAUGGGAUGCUAACAAUGAUAAUGUAGCUGCUGAUGGCUGUGAGUGGAUGAUUUCUGGCUAUUAUGAGUGGAAAUGCAUGAGGUUCCAAGUUCUAAGCUACUUGAGAGAUAGUGCCAUGUGAUGAGCCCAGAAGUCAAGUGCUAUGUGUAUCUCAUCACCAUGAUUUCAUUUCCAUCAAUUUGGAGACAGAUUUUGUACAGUUCAGUAUGCCCAUACAUUUGCUGGCUAACUGCUGGGACACAUGAGGCCAUGAUUAGCUUCUCCCAAGUCUAAAUCUUGUAUAUCAUUGUCUUUUAUGAUAUGAAAGAGAUAGAUGAGUUGUGUAGAUUCCAUUUUUCCUCUCAUAUUACUCUAUCACUAAGGUUUAUCAAAGGCAUCUUGCAUUAUGAGUUUAGAAGACUGUAGUUAAAUUCUCUCUCUCUCUCUCUCUCUCUCUCUCUCUCUCUCUCUCUCUCUCUCUCUCUCUCUCUCUCUCUCUCUCUCUCUCUCUCUCUCUCUCUCUCCUUUUAAGUGAGAUUUUGUUGUAAACCAAGGUAAAUUAUCUUUGUUUUUACCCCACUUCAGUCAUGUAUGGUACACAGCUUCAGAUUGCAGUUCCCGUUGGCUUGGAAGCAGGUGAAUUUGUGGUUCAUUUUAGCUCAUAAUUGACGGAUUCUUCUGACUCUAUUUUAAUCAGAGUAUUUGGCCUUAAUGUAUGUACUUAAGAGGUUGUCAUCACAUUGUCCCUUUGACCGUGCUUGUCAGUACAUAGGGUAAGAUAGAUCAAGUAGAAAUACACACGUAUGAUUGGGAGAGAGGUUUAUGGUAAGAGAAAAAUCAUACUAAGUUAUAAUAGUUUUAAUUAAUCAACCUAUUAGACAUGAUUAUCAUUCCCAAAGUGUUGUGUUGAAAAAAUAAUUAUAAAUAAAAAAGAACUGGGGAGGAUAAAUAUAUGAAGUGAAAACUCACUUGAUACUUUUACAAAAUACACAAUCCAUGGAUCACUUAUAUUCAGUACUGUGUGUGAAGGCAUAUAAUUCUGAUUCUGAUCUUAUUUUUAUCAGAAAAAUAUAAGGUAGAUUACAAAGUGGAUUUGCAUGCAUUGGUGGUUGUAUCAUUGCUUGAUUCUGAACUAAAGACCACGAUUUUUAGUGAUUUCUGAGUGAAGAUAUAGAAUAAAGGUGAUUUAUACUAGAAAACUGAGCACUUCAAGUUUUAUGAUAAUGCUGCUACAUAGACAAAGUAUUGCCUCAUUCCAUUUUGUGCAGGUAUGUUUAAGACUGAUGUUUCUAAGAUACUAUAUAGGUAUUGCAUGUUUGUACAGAAGUACAUUUUUGGAAUGAGAUGAAAUUCUUUUUUUAAAUUGAACAUAUACAAGGAUGGAGUUUGUUUUGGAAUAAACAUAGAUACAUAUAAGCAAACCUAUUGACAGUGAUUACAUUGGAUUUGGAGCAAUAGCCCUAGGAACCACUAAUGUUGCUUACUCUGCAGCCUCCUCAUAAGAAUUAUUGAUGCUUGAGGAAAGAUUGAAUUUUAAGUGGGAAGACAGUAGCCAGUUUUAAGAUAUGGAGGUUGUGGUGUGGAAAUGUUCUUGCAGCAUAUGAUUAUCCUUUGCUCAUGAGAUAGUUUAUCAUUACUUGCAUGCCAUUAUGUGAAGUAGCAUUUAUUUUUAUACUCAUGUUCUGCCCCAACACUAACAUGCAGAAAGGAUGUACCUGUGUUGACUUGUACUUGUCCUUUGUUCUAUAGCAACCUUGUGCAUGGUAGUGUUUCCUAACGAGGCACUUUUGUUACUGAAAAAAAAAAAAUUAUUGUGAUAUAAUUUAUGAGAUAUUAACAUUAAUUCUUCAGAAAUUACUUUUGUAUUGCCUAUUUAUUGAUUUUUUUUUCUCUCUAUCAUCUCAUAAGUGGUCCAUAUGACUUGAUAAGAUGUUUCAUUCUAUACUCAACAGAAUCUGUGAAUAGAAGGACCAUGAACUUUAAAAACUAAACUUCUUGAUGAAGGAAAGCAGUAUGUAGAAAAAAGUUUAGAAAUUGAGGCUUCACUGGUAAUGGAUGCUUGUGUGAGCAUAGUAAUUGCAGCAGUUUACCCUAGUAAUGUACAUAUUGCAGUGUUCAUGGAGCUAUUUUCCAGAAUAAAUCUACUGCUGAUAACUUACAAAUAAAUUUUGCUACUGUAUAUGUUUCUUUUUUUUUCUGGGUUAACAAGUUCAAGGAGUUACUUAGUAAUGACAUGAGUACCAUUCUUAAGAGUACUCUUGAGAAAUACUUGAAAUCAUAUUUGUAGGGAUUGACACUUUCUCAUUUAGUUAACAUUAUGUUUAUAAAUCCAAGUCUUACUUUGAUUUACUGCUUACAAGUACCAUAAUUCAAUUUAGAAUCACACUAUUGUAUGAUGACUGUCUUACUAAAAGGAAAAAAAUCUGUAACAUGUCAAACCAAAUCAGAGCAAAUAGAGGCACGGUGGUGAGGACGGAAUAAGAUGUAACUUACUAAGUCGGUGGUUCUUGUAUCUUUCAGUCCAGGGUGUAUUUGUCCUCUUCUAGACAUCAGUUUGGAAUAUGGAUGAAAUCAUAUAAAUAUAUAUACAUAUGUAUAUUGUAAGUGUG